AUGCCUCCAAGCCUGAGUGGUUCAAGCUUGUCAGAACUGGAGGAGUCGAGUCUAUCCGAACUGGAGUCGAGUCUAACAGACCUGGAGUCCACCUUAUCUACCUUAAGUUUGCAGUCGCAAACUGAAAAUGGGCCUUUGAUCAACAAGUAUCAACAAAAGAAGGACGCAAGGGCUGUUGCAAACGAGAGGUUCAAGUGGUGUGGUGGACCAAAGCCCUCGACCAAAACAAUUUACAAGCGCAACCCAACACCCAAAGAAAUAGAGGACGCCUAUCGCUAUGUGCAUGACCCUUCAAAGUUCAAGCUAUACGACCACGGCCAUGUACGCGCCUUUGAUGCUACUCAAAACGACCGACUGAUCGCAGACAUUCACUUUAUUGAUCUCAACAAAAUCAGUGAAUCAACCAAAGAUGAUAUACAAUUCUUGUGCUUAUUUCUUCACAAAGCCAAGCAAUUUGUGAAUCCGGUGAUGUCAACAGGCAGGUCUUGUGGUGGCGUGAUGUUUGCCAUUGGAUGGAGGAAAUCCAUGGCUAAGUUGGAAAUCUUGGGGAUUUAUCGAAAUCAGAAGGCAAUUGACAAGAAUCCUGAAGCAUAUGCAGAACACGUCAAGGACUCAACCCGAGCCGGCCAGAUCCUCUGGUACUUAUUUCAUCCAAUCGCAAAUGUCGCCCUCCAACAUAAUCAAGAUUUCAUGACCGAACACUGCAUCCCAGCCUUUUUUCAACCAGCGUUUUCCACGAAACAUCCUUCUUCCCCCGAUUCAUUCUUUUCCUCCAACCUGACUUUUACGACAAACGGCUUUUACAACCAUCCUCACGUUGACGACAAAGAUGAACCAUCCCUACCUUUUGCUUUUCUUCUAUCAAUCCCUACCUGUAAAAGGACCGGAAACCUUGCCUUCAAGGCAGACGGUUACGACGUCAAGGAUGGGCACUUUAUUUUCCCUGAAUGCGGCUUUGGUAUCAAGUUUCAGCCGGAUAUGAUGUGCCUGGCCACCUUUCGACAAAGAGAGUAUAUUCACGGGACUCUCCCCCCUCGAGGACGUAGCCCAUUUGCUAGGCUUGGUAUGUCUAUGCAAAUUGCUGCCAAAGUAACUAGAGUGGCUGAUCGAGUGGUUCAUGAAGAUUUUGAGGAGAAAACUGAUAUGCAUUUUGGAGAUGUGGAAUUCUUGUUAACAAAAGGCUAA